UGUGCGUGACGGCCGCUUCACUGGACGCCUUACCACUUUCCCUUGCAUCCUCCCCUCCUCCUUGCUCCUACCAUAAACCACUUCCCCCACUCCACACUGCCACACACACCGCCUCCCCCAGUCCCCCCUCUCACUUCUAGCUCUCUGCUCUCUCUGGAAGUUCUUGUGAUCGGAACGGCGGGCAGAUCGGCAUGGCGGACUGGGGCCCUGUGGUGGUGGGGGUGGUGCUGUUCGUGCUGCUCUCGCCGGGGCUGCUGUGCGAGCUCCCCGGCUCCCACCGCCACGUCGACUUCGGCGGCUUCCGCACCAACGGCAAGGCCAUCUUCGUUCACACCCUCAUCUUCUUCGCCGCCUUCACCAUCCUCACUCUCGCGCUCCACGUCCACAUCUACACUUGAUAGAUAGCUAGCUACCUUGGUUGAUCUGGACAGGAAAUCAGAUCAGAAAGCACGGCGCCCUUCUGUCGUCUGUUCCUAGCUCAUCUUCUUCUUUUGGUACUAGUGUACUACUGGUGUGUGUGUGUGUGUACAAGGUGAUCUGCUGGAACAAGUACUGAUUGUGGGAAGUAAUCGUAUCUGUCUGUUCGAAGCAAAUUUAAUAGUUUCUUGCCCUCUCUUUAUCUUCUUUUUCCAUGAUAAGAUUCAUGCUAGACCAUUUUCCUCUUACCCGUAUCACCUAGACAACUAGCUAGCAAG